GCAAGAAUCAUUCGAAAAUUCAAAAGAAUGUUUAUUUAAUUAUAUUAUUUAGAAACUCACGGAACCAUCCUAAUCUGGGCAAUUAUAUAGAAAACCGAACCAUCCUAAUCUGGGAAAUAAUCUUAUCCAACGUCCAACAUGCAUAUAUUAUUGUUAUCAUAUGUUUCAACAUUCAAGCUGAACACUUUUUCAUUACAUGAUGUCUGAAAAUCACAUUGAAAAUAAUGAAAAUAUUGUAAUUACAAUUGGAAUCAGUGGAGUUACAUGUGGUGGAAAAACAACAACUGCUAUAAAAUUACAAAACAUAUUACCAAACACCAGAAUAAUUUCACAAGAUGACUAUUAUAUUCUUGAUGAACAAGAUCCCAGACAUGUAUGGAUUCCAGAAUUGAACCAUGUCAACUAUGAUAUACUAUCUAGUCUUGACAUGAAUAAAAUGUAUGAAGAUGUUUUGAAGGCCAUUGGUAAAAGAAAACGGAGAAAGAAAAAUGAUUCAGGCAUAAUACAUGUUCCUGAAGAUGAAGUUCAGAUAAAAAUCAUACAGGAGAUCAGCAAAAAAUCCCAAGAAUCAAAUGUUUCAUUUUUAAUAGUAGAAGGUUUCUCAAUUUUUAAUUAUGAACCUCUGGCACAAGUUCUUGACAUGAAGUAUUACUUCAUAUUAGAUUAUGCAGAGUGCAUGAAGAGAAGAAUUACCAGGGUUUAUGAUCCUCCUGAUUGUCCAGGAUAUUUUGAAAAAUGUGUUUGGCCAGAACACAUCAAACAACUAUCAGAAAUACAAUCUUGCAUAAAAGAUAUAACAUUCUUCAAUGGAAAUGGUGGUGAAAAUUUCAUUGAGAAAAUAUUGGGUGAUAUUGUUAAUAACUUAUAAUCCUAAUGUCAUUAUAAUUUCUAUUAUGAGUAAUCUAAUCUACUAUAAUUAUCAUGUUCUGAAGGCAAAUAUUUAUUGUUUGAAAAAAGUUCAUGAAUAUACCCAAUAAAUUCAA